AUGGUCAAACUCACCGAAGUCGAAGACGAGCACUUCUCCGAGAAGCCCACCGCCACCAAGCACGAUGCUCUCCUCGUCUCCGAUGAUGAGGACGACUACUCUGACACUGUCUCUUUACGAGCGUAUCGCUGCCCUGAAAGAUAUCGUUCCCCCUCCGCCCGCCGCACUGUCUCCGACUCCAUCUCCUCCGUCACAUCCCUUACCAAGGCCACCUUUUCCUUCAGCGGAAAGGCCCUUUGGGUUAUUAGCACCAGCGCUUUCCUGCUUGGUGUGCCCUUCGCCCUCGCUUACGCCGAGGAGGAGCAGUACAUCCAGAUGGAGCGUGAGCAGGGAAUGAUUAAGGGAGCCAACGAGAUGCUCACCCCUGGCGUUGAGUCCGAAAAGGAGGCCCAACCCACUCUGUAA